CUCCCCCCGGGUCAGCUGACUUUGUCAUUUUGUCUGUCCUGGAGCAGAGCCUUCCCUAUAACAAUCUAGUUCCGACUACAAACUGGAGACAGAAAUAAAUAUUAAAGAAAUCACCCAGCCAGGUGUAGAGGACGAUAUGAAUUCCUAUUUCACGAACCCAUCCUUGUCGUGCCAUCUCACCAGUGGCCAAGAGGUGCUCCCCAACGUAGCCCUCAAUUCAACUGCCUAUGACCCUGUCAGGCAUUUUUCUACUUAUGGAGCAGCCGUUGCUCAAAACCGGAUUUAUUCUUCUCCUUUUUAUUCACCGCAAGAUAAUGUUGUGUUUAGCUCCAGCCGAGGACCUUAUGACUAUGGAUCUAAUGCUUUUUACCAAGAAAAAGACAUGCUUUCUAGCUGCAGGCAAAAUUCUAUGGGACAUAACACACAGACAUCAAUCGCACAGUAUUUUACCAGUGACCAAAACAGGAACACUUCGCAAGAACAAAAAACUAGCAUUCAAAUAUACCCCUGGAUGCAGCGUAUGAACUCCCACAGUG